UUGGGAUUUUUGUAGGACACUGAGUGCACCAAAAACCUGCUGGAGAGGAGCCAAAGUGCAAACGAAAUCAUGUACACCAGCCUCGGCAAUUUUAUGAGAGGUUUUGCAAAAUCCAUAACAACUAUGGAACAACGGUGAGUAAUCGGUGAAAAAACAACUAAGAAAGAAUUUUGUUUCCCUCCAACCCAAAAUACUCAUUUCCCUUUCACUCUUCUUAUCCUUCGCCAACGUUACAACAGUCCAAAAUCUCAAACCAAAAUAAUAUCUCUUUAACUAACCAUCAACACGCGUACUUCUUCUUCUAACUUCUUGCUCUGACUGAAACCCAAGCGUCCCCACUAAAUUUCCCAAAACCCUAACCCUAUGGAACUUUCUAAUCUCUUUGUUUCGGACAAGUGCUUCUUCUCCCCUCCGAUUCGCUAUUCUUCUUCGCCGCCGUUGCCCACAUUCUUCGCCCUCCGCAAGAACCGCCGUCGCCGGAGGAGUCUCUGUUCCGUCUCCAAUCCUGACACCUUGCUCGCCGGCGGCGAUACCGUCGCUGCCGGCGUCGACAUGAAGCUCGAGGAGGACUUGAAAUCUUGGAUGCACAAGCAUGGCCUCCCUCCGUGCAAGGUUGUUCUGAAGGAAAGACCUUCCCACGAUGAUUCCCUUAAACCCAUACAUUACGUUGCUGCAAGUGAAGAUCUUCAGGUUGGCGAUGUUGCAUUCUCCGUUCCAAAUUCGUUGGUUGUCACGCUGGAGAGGGUCUUGGGAAACGAGACUGUUGCUGAACUAUUGACAACAAAUAAAUUGUCUGAAUUGGCAUGCUUGGCGUUGUAUCUGAUGUACGAGAAAAAACAGGGGAAGAAGUCUUUCUGGUAUCCAUACAUCAGGGAGCUUGAUCGUCAACGUGGUAGGGGCCAGCUUGCGGUGGAAUCACCACUUCUAUGGUCAGAAUCUGAGCUGGAUUACUUGUCAGGAAGUCCGAUCAAGGCUGAAGUUAUUCAGAGGGAAGAAGCAAUAAGAAAAGAGUAUAAUGAACUUGACACAGUCUGGUUUAUGGCAGGUUCUCUGUUUCAGCAAUAUCCAUAUGACAUCCCUACUGAGGCUUUUUCAUUUGAGAUUUUCAAACAAGCCUUUGCUGCUAUUCAGUCAUGUGUGGUGCAUUUACAGAAAGUUAGUUUAGCGCGGAGAUUUGCUUUAGUUCCCUUGGGACCUCCUUUACUGGCCUACCAAAGCAACUGCAAGGCAAUGUUAACUGCUGUUGACGGUGCUGUUGAGCUUGCAGUUGAUCGCCCAUAUAAAGCUGGGGACCCGAUUGUUGUCUGGUGUGGUCCACAAGCUAACUCAAAGUUGCUUAUAAAUUACGGCUUUGUUGAUGAAAAUAAUUCCAAUGAUCGUCUAGUAGUUGAGGCAGCUUUGAAUACUGAGGAUCCACAAUAUCAAGAUAAAAGAAUGGUUGCUCAAAGAAAUGGAAAGUUGUCAGUGCAAGUUUUUCAUGUAUAUGCUGGGAAGGAAAGGGAAGCUGUGUCAGAUAUGCUUCCUUACCUGCGUUUGGGCUAUGUUUCAGAUCCUUCUGAGAUGCAGUCUGUCAUAUCCUCUCAAGGUCCAGUUUGUCCCGUGAGUCCCUGCAUGGAACGGGCUGUGUUAGACCAGCUGGCUGAUUAUUUCAAUACACGGCUGGCUGGCUACCCUACAACAUUGGCUGAAGAUGAAUCUGUGCUGACAGAUGGUAAUCUGAAUCCAAAGAAGCGAGUUGCUACUCAACUUCUUAGGCUGGAAAAGAAAAUGCUUCAUGCAUGUUUGCAGGCAACCACUGAUUUUAUAAACCAGCUACCAGACGACAGUAUAUCUCCAUGCCCUGCUCCCUAUGCACCUUUAUUAAAAUGAAAGAAACUGGAUACGUCUGUACUGUACAACAUGAAUUAGAUAAACCAGGAUAGAGCUGGGCUUGUGCUAGCUUUGUCAAUCCUUUGAUAUUGGUUCAGCGGUGGAUACCAAUGAUUCGUGUUUGUCACUUUCCAUUUGCUUCUUGAUUAUUACCAUGUGGUGUGCUACACUUCUCUGAAGAAUUUGGCUUGAAGUUUGCAGACUUUUUCUUCUAUUGCCUCAUUGGUUUCACCUAAGGAGAGAUCUAUUCUUGGCAUGUCUGCUAUACACGUGAAGAAGUCAUAGUUUUUCUUAAGAAAUUCUGAGUUUACUUACAUAGCAAUCAAUUUCACCUUAUACAGCAAGUGUUCUCAUUGCAAAAAGGAAAAGUAGGAUUGUGUAAUCUAGGGGAUUAUCUUAUCUAAAUGAUAAGAUAUUGGUCAAUUUAAUAUUUUUUUCUC